AAGUCUAUAAAUCCAAUAUAUUUAAUAAAAUGGCAGAAUCUAAGAAAAAUGUAGAUCCUUCAGAAGAAAAGCCUAAGCCAUGUUGUGUUUGUUUAGAAACAAAAAAAGCUAGAGAUGAUUGUAUGGUCUCAAAAGAAGGUGAUCCGUUAAUAAUGUGUAAAGAAUUGAUUGAAGCACAUCGCCAGUAUGUUUUAAUAUGGAUCAGCUGAAUAAAGAGUUUUAUUAUUUAUAUAUUUGAGCCUUUCAUUUUAAUGA